GAUGGCGAGAGGAGAGCAAUGGCGCUUGCGCAAUAGGGCGGCCGCUCCCGACCGCGUGCGGCUCGCACCUCGGCGCAAGCGCCCCGGGUCGGGCAGUAGGUUGGGCAUCACUGCGCAUGUGCAUGAACUACUGGGGCGGGCAGUGGGAUUGAGAGUUUCGGUUAACACCGCAGGGACCACCUUUGUUGGUGUUCAGAUGGAGCAGCUGACUAGUCAUCCUACUAACAGAAAAGUCAAAAGAGAAACAAAAGCUAUACCUCUUUGUCGAGCCAAGCCCUCCCCCAGCUUUACUAAUCUUCGAGCAAGUCCCCCAUCAUGGACUUUUCUGAAUAAGCAGACAGCAAAGUUUCCCACAGGAGCUGGCUGCAAGCCCAAGGAAUGCCUGGGACUCCUGCACUGUAUGCAUACUAACCUCCAGCUCCAGAAUAAGCUGGCCCAGCAGCAGAUGGCUAUAUUGGAAGAUUUACAAGCGUCCGUGACACAAGUGACUCCAGGGAAGAAAACCAAGAAUUCAGCUCUGCCGGCCUCAUCUCACAAUCCUUUCUUAAGGCACCUGCUCCGAUUGAGUAAAUGAAUUAUGGAACCAA